CAGAAGACGUCGGCUCAGUCAUGUGAUAAGCUGUGUCCAAUCACAGCUGAUCACAUGGGACAUGUACACAGAUCAUCAGAGCACUGAUGAUCAGUGUGCCCUGAUGAUCUGUGUAGCCCCAGCAGCGCACCUGUCAGUGUCCAUCAGUGCCAGCUCUCAGUGCUCAUCCAUGCCACCUGCCAGUGCCCAUCAGUGCCACAUUUCAGUGCCCAUCAGUGCCCAUCUGAGCUGCCUUUCAGUAUCACCCAUCAGUGCUAGUCAGUGCCACCUAUCAAUGCCAGUCAGUGCCACCUAUCAGAGCUGCCAAUCAGUGCCACCUAUCCGUGCCAGUCAG